CACUGUCAGUCAGAGCUGAGACGCCAUUACAGGGUGUGAGAUCUCUGCUGGAAAACACACGUUUGGAGUAUUUGAAGUAAUCAGACAAAGAGACAGUAACUCGGUGAGUUUUGCUUUUGAAAGACUAUUUAGAUAUUGAGACAAAUGGCUGAAAAAAUUGCUCUUGUUGAAAGUUUUCUGAGCUGCCAUGUGUGUUCAGAGACUUUCAGAGAUCCUGUGUCUCUGAGCUGCAACCACAGCUUCUGUUCAAGCUGCCUGCAAAAAUUCUGGGAACAAGCUAAAAACAAAAACUGUCCCAUUUGUAAAAGAAAAUCCUCAAAGGAAUUCCCAGAUGUGAACUUUACACUGAAGGAACUGGCUGACUCCUUUGCUGGGAGACAGAAAGCUGGCUCAUCUGAGACAGAAAAAGGAGAGAAGAAGGUGGAGGUGGUGUGUAGUAAACAUCAAGAAGAGCCUAGGUUGUUCUGUAUGGAUGAAGAUAGAGCUGUGUGUCCUGUCUGUGAGUUUUCUCUCCACCACGGUCACAAGGUGGUUCCUAUAGAACAAGCAGUCAGUGAGCUGAAGGACCAGCUGAAAUGUGACUUAAAGUCUCUGCAGGACAAGAGGGACAAAUACAAACAAGUGGAGGAAACAUACAAUGAAGUGAUUGAACACUCCAAGAAGCAGCUGUUGUCCACAGAGAGGCAGAUCAGAGCAGAGUUCAACAAGCUCCAGCAGUUCCUGAAAGAGGAAGAGGAGUGCAGACUGGCAGCUGUGAGGGAGGAAGAGGAGCAGAAGGGGAAGACUCUCAGCAGAGAGAUGAAGAUGAUUGAGGAGCAGAUCUCCUCUCUGUCACACAGUAUCUGUGCUGUUGAAGAAGAGCUGCAGAAACACAAGGUGCCAUUCCUCAGCAGUUAUAAAGCCACUCAGAGCAGAGCCAGAGUCCAGUGCUCACUGUCAGAUCCACAGCUGGUCUCAGGAGCGCUGAUAGAUGUGGCCAAACACCUGGGCAACCUGUCCUACAGAGUCUGGGAGAAGAUGAAGGACAAGGUCCACUUCAGUCCUGUCAUUCUGGACCCAAACACUACAAACCAAAGACUCUAUCUGUCUGAUGAUCUGACCAGUGUGAGAAAUGGAGACACAAAGCAGCAGCUUCCUGCCAAUCCAGAGAGAAACACUAACUACAGCAAUGUUCUGGGCUCUGAGGGCUUCAGCUCAGGGAAACACAGCUGGGAGGUGGAGGUGGGAGACCAUCCUCGCUGGAAUAUAGGUUUGGCCAAAGAGUCAGUUGACAGGAAAGGAGAGGUUUUUGCUGUACCAAAAGAUGGAAUCUGGUGUUUAUUGUAUGAAAAUGGAAAAUACACUGAUGUUGUUGGUGAGACUGUCACAGUGAAGAAGAGUCUCCAAAGGAUCAGAGUCCAGCUGGACUAUGACAGGGGGGAGGUGUCCUUCUACGACCCUGAAGACAUGACUCACAUCUGCACUCACAGAGACACUUUCACUGAGAAACUCUUCCCAUAUUUCUUUAUUGGAAAGGCUGGGGAUGCUAAAACAGCUGAUAUCAAAAUGUGUCAAAGUGAGAUUUCUCUGUGAUGUUCAGACAUGUUGGUGUUAAUGAAGACUUUACUCUGACUUCACUGUUUGUCCAGAUCUCACUGAAAUAAUCAAGACAAUCAACAGUUAAACCUGGUUAAACAUCAUCAGGUUAUAAACUCUCAUACAGGUACAGAUCAAUUUAUUAACCUGGUUAUCAUCAUCUUGUGUUUAAUCAGAUCAUAAUCGAACAAACACAUGUUUUUAAAAGUUGUUUUUCUCAACUGUCUGAAAUGAACUGUUAAUUGUUCUCAUGCAACUGUGUCAUAAUGAAUUUAGUUAUAUUAUCGUUAGCCAAAAUGUAUAAACAUGAUGAGUCCUGCUUUUGAUAUUCUGCUUAAUUUUUCAGGUAUUUUUUAUUAAUAUUUGGCUCAUGUUGUUUUGUAAAUACUCUUUGUUGUCUUUUAAGAAACAGCUGAAAACAUGUGAGGAAUAAAG